UAAUGAAAAAGAUUUUAAGCAGCACUUGGAGAAGAUAUUCUGCUAUGACAGUGUUAUCUACAAUGAUGUGAUGAAAACAAAUCCAAGGAGUUGGUCCAGGGCAUUCCAGAAAGUAGGCAGCUUCUGUGAGGAUGUUGACAACAACUCAGUGGAGUCUUUCAAUGGAUCUUUGAACAAGGCAAGAGAGAAGCCAUUUGUUGCAAUGUUAGAGACUAUCAGAAGAAUGGCCAUGGUAAGGAUUGCCAAAAGGUCUGUAGAAUCCCAUACUCACACAGGUGCAUGUACACCUUAUGUUGCCAAGUUUCUAGCUGGUGAACACAAGCUCGCUUCUACUGCCAAAGUAUCUACAAGCACCAAUGGAAUGUAUGAAGUGAGGCAUGGUUCUGAUUAUCACCGAGUAGACUUAAAGGCAUACACUUGUACAUGCAGGAAGUGGCAGAUCUGUGGCAUCCCGUGUGAGCAUGCAUAUGGAGUCAUUCUCUACAAGAAGCUUGAACCUGAGAACUUUGUGUGUCAAUGGUUCAGGACAGCAAUGUGGAAAAGAAACUACACGGAUGGCGUCUGUCCACAAAGAGGACCUAAGUUCUGGCCUAAGAGUCAUAGGCCUAGAGUCCAUGUGCCUGAGUCAGCAGAAGGAGAAGACAACAAGAUGACAAAAGCUGAGAAAAAAAGGAAAAAGGGUUUGAAUGAGUCUCCUAGUAAGAAGCAGCCAAAGGCAAAGAAAAGAAUCAUGCAUUGUCGUGUUUGUGGGCAAGCUGAUCACAAUUCAAGAUACCAUGCUAAAGAUAAGGCUUCUCAUUUUGUCUCGCAGCCUUCUCAACCUGAACCAAGUCAAGGUUCACUCACUCAAGCUUGA